AUCGGGCAUUGUCCCUGAAGAAGAAGACGGAACAGCAUGGCACCCGCUCCUUGCCAGUUCACCAGAACCGCUCUUGGCCACUGUUCCUAGUGGUGGAAGAAGAAGAAGAACCGCUCUUCAGCACUAACCCAGGCAGACGUGGUAGUGGCGGUUGUGGACUAGACAAUGACUGACGAGAACUCUCCCAAGAAGGAUCCCCGUCAGAAACAGGAAAAAAAGAAACCUGUGAAGAGCUCUUCAGGCCCGGUCUCUGCAACGUCGACAAAGCUCCAGGGCAAGAGACGUUCUCCAGAACGCGCUGGGAAAAGUGAACCACAAGGAACUCUGCCGAUAACUCCCAGCAAGAAUCCAGAAGCACAGAAAGAAAGCGCUGAUAGUACUUCACCGAAGAACAUUCCCAGUUCUUCUUUAGCAGAACCAUGGAAAGAUGCACCAAAAAGCCCGAGUGUUAGCCCUACUCCCGAACCAUCGAACGCCGGCGUGGCUAUCCAACCGAAAAGCCCCACUGGCAGUGAUUCUCCGAAGCCACAGAAGAGGAUAAGAUAUGCUCCAGAUGUACCGCAGAGUAGCACUGCGAGAUCGAGUCCCGCAGUAUCGCACGUUCCCAUCUGGAUGCCUGCAGACAUGACGGCCAAGCGUGCAUCACCUGAACGCAAGAUGAGCAGGAUCGCGCUCGGCAAAAAAAGACUCCUGUCUCAUCUACAUGUGUUGCACUCUGAACCGAAGCCGCCUCCUGAAGUUGUUAUGCCCAUACCGAGUAAACCACGAAGACCGAAGCUGUCUGUGUCGCCGUUCAAGCGAAAGACGGAGGUUGUGCAGGAAAAGAAAGUAACUGUCCACAGAAACAUCAUACUGUUCCCGCUUGUCGUAGCACUCACAAUAAUGUUGGGCGUGGGCAUCGGCUUUCUACUACGGACUGGCUCUCCAUUAGUAUCGGGAAGCAAGGAAGUGCCAAGGGAGAGCCCGAAUGUCUGCAGGUCCAAAGAGUGUAGGCAAGCAACGAGCUUCAUCGACUCCGUCGCCAACUACAGCGUCGACCCUUGCAUGGAUAUUCAAAGGUACGUAUGCGGCAGAUGGGCACAGACCAAACCAGGCCGAGGUCGGUUUCGAGGAGACUACCUGUCAGAGACUUUUCGAAACAGCACUCUGCGCGUCCAUGAGAAAUUAAUGAAUUUAUCUAACAUGGUCAACGCAAUAUAUUAUGCCGAAUCCAAUAUGGCCGUGUACUACAAAAGCUGCUACAACUUCAUGACAGAUAAUGAGUCGAGUGCCGUGACAUCCAUCAUCAAGUACUUUAGAAUCGACCCUAAAACUUGGCAUUCGGUAAAGACACUCGAAGAUCUGGUUUUUCUAGCAGCCAGUACGAUGAGAGAGUUCGCUUGGCGCUUCUUCUUCGACAUAUAUGCGGAGCUCAAUAUCGUCCACAUCAACCUCGGCACGAGCCUCAACACUGUCCUGACAUCUGUGGACGUCUCGACUGAAGAGUACAUUCGCAUGCUCGUGGGAUACUUCAAGCUUGAAAGACUUGCGCGAACGGGAAUACUCGAGAGAAUUGGUGCUGAUGUAGAUGCCGUCAUCAAAAAGUUCAAACCAGCUCCUUAUGCUACCAUCCAGGUACGGCAGCUAAAUGAAACUGCUGUACCGCUGGCGACCUGGUUGAGAGUAGUCCAGUUGUUCGCGAAGGAGAACAUCACUUCAGAUUUCUCGGUUAGGGUUCGGGGAUGGUCCGAGAUCAAAGACAUCGUAAGCGUACUUGGCUCUUACGAUGCUGCACAGGUGUCCAUAUACAACUUGUUCCUGUUCCUCGCCCAUACACUGAAGUACGAACUGUUCAAGAGGGACGCGUUGCGAGGUGGAGAUUUUUUGAGCAUCAGGACUCGGUGCUUGCAGGAGACUGCACGUUAUGGCAAGAAGGUAUACGCUAGCUGGUUGUCAAGACAUCUCCAGCAUAGAGACACCACGCGCGAGGUGACGACGAUGUACCUCUACUUGAGGGAGGCUGUCCUCAAGCUUUUAGAUGACGAGGAACUUUCGGACGAAGCACGUAGGGUAAUGGCGAAUGCCGUUUAUGAAAUCCAGCACAUGUACUACGGUGUCGGGACGUCGGAGAGGCUGAAACUCCGUCCUGGUGUCAACAUCACUGACUGCUUUCCAGUUGUCCUCGCUCAAGCUGCACAAAUUGAAGCCCAAUAUCAGUACAUGGGCUGGGACGUUACGGAGAAAUACCCACACAACCUGUGGCAGUCAUCAGGUACCCUGGGCUAUGUCCCAAAGUACAAGGCCAUCGUAACUCCGACACCGCUUCUGAACCCCGACAUGUUCUACGUGGGUUCCCAAAACGAUAUUCUCAAUCUGGCCACCCUUGGCGCAACCAUGGCGGAGGGAAUGAUUCAGGCAGCUCUCUUGGUCCACAAGGACGUUCACGUGCACGAGCGGGAUCACAUCGUGGGGUCCCUCUUGGAGUGCUACAACGAGCACGAGGUUAAUCUGCGGAACAGGAGCUUGGCAGUACGCACCGAUGAUGCCCUAAUGCUGGCAGCUAUAGUGAAGGGCAUCGCAACGGCUCACAAGGUUGUUAGGCAGCUGCAUCCCGUUGCGAGCGUCACUGAAGAUAAGCUGUUUUUCAUUCGAUCCUGUCUGAGAUUCUGUACCGACAGGAAAACAACGAUUCCAUACGAGAUGGCUUGCGAGUAUGCAGCGGCUGUCAUCCGAGAGUUCCGGGAGUCCUUCAAUUGCACGACGCGGGAGUAUGUGCAGUGUGGAUAGUCGAUGUGCCAUUUGUGGCAAUGUGACACGCUUGUUGGACCAGGCUCUGGUUUUUGGUUCCCAUAAACUAUAGAACGGAAAGGCAGGGUAGUUGGUAUGGACUUUUACAGAGACACGAGGAGAGAAAGAAUCAGCGGUGUCGGUACAAAUAUAAGCAAUGUAUGUUACAAAUGAAUGAAAUAGUUGAAAUAGUUUUUUUUUUUUUAAGUUUGUUGAAUAUAUAUCGA